AUGGAAGAAAAAAUAAAUAAAUUUGCAUUUGUAACUCCAGCUGUUGUUGCAAAAGAUAUUGUUUCCUUUUCACUAAAAGAAGUUUUGUCUUAUGAAAGAAGAUAUCAAAUGAUGGAAGAAAAAAUAAAUAAAUUUGCAUUUGUAACUCCAGCUGUUGUUGCAAAAGAUAUUGUUUCCUUUUCACUAAAAGAAGUUUCAGAAAAUCUGAAAUCAAUGAUUAAAACUCAAUUUAAAGAUAUAUACCAUCCAAUACGUGUCAAGUUACAAAUAGCAUUCCCUGAUAAAAGACUUCUUCAGUAUGAUUGUGGAAAAUUACAAGAAUUAGAUAUUCUUCUUCAUAGACUGAAAGAAAAAGGUCAUCGUGCCCUAAUUUUUACACAAAUGACACGAGUCCUUGAUAUAUUAGAGAUAUUCUUAAAUAUUCAUGGGCAUACAUACCUUAGACUUGAUGGUUCAACAAAAAUUGAAGAUAGGCAAAUGUGUCAUCGAAUUGGUCAAACACGUGAAGUAAAUAUAUAUCGUUUUGUGAGUGAACAUACAAUUGAAGAAAAUAUAUUAUUAAAAGCAAAUCAAAAACGUAUGUUAGAUAAAUUGGUGAUUAUGGAUGGUGAAUUUACAACUGAUUUCUUCCAAAAAGUAGAUUGGCGUGCACUUGUGAGUGAUAUAGCACCAAAUUGUAGUAAUGAAAUAAAAGAUGAGCCAAAGGAUGGAGUUGAAUUAGAGCAUUAUUUGGAUAAGGUGGAAGAUGAUACUGAUGUUAAUGCUGCAAAAAUUUCAAGAAAUGAAUUUGAAAUUGAUAUUCCAGAUUUUUCAGAAGAUUAUGUAGCAACAGAAUUAUCUUCACCAAUUAAAAUUAAUGGAAUCAAUGAUGAUAAUCCUGAUCAUAUAGACAAUUAUAUGCUUCUUUUUAUUGAAAGGGAAUUAGCAUAA